UUUUUCAUUGACAUCACAGCCCUGCUGUAUUUGAAUCUCUCCUCCACACUCCAGUGAAGAGAAAAGCAGGUUCUCACCAGCUAAAACACUACGAAAUGGCAACUCAGACGUCUCACUUUGAGGAGAACCUCCUGUGCCCUGUUUGCCGUGACAUCUUCAGAGAUCCCGUUCUCCUGCUGUGUUCUCAUAGCUUUUGCUGGGCCUGUCUGGAUCAGUACUGGGAGCUCAGCAGCUCACAGAUAUGCCCUGUAUGCCGGACAGACUUCUGCAUGGACCGUCCUCCAUGCAACCGCGCUCUAAAGAACCUGUGUGAGAUCUUCCUUCAGGAGAGAAGCAAGACUGUGUCAGCGGAGCCUGAGUUAUUCUGCAGUAUGCAUGGAGAGAAACUUCAGCUCUUCUGUGUGGAGGACCAGCAUCUCUUGUGCAGUGUGUGUGUGGCUGAUGACAUGCAUGUUAAACACACAUUCAGACCUGUGGAUGAAGCUGCUGUGGCUCUCAAGGAGGUGUUCAAAACAAGCCUGAAGCCUUUGCAAGAGAAGCACAAACUCUUGAAAUUAGAAAAAUUCAUCUGUAAUCAACGAGUGAAACGCAUCAAGAAUCAAGCUGAGCAAACAGAGGCACAUAUUAAGAAGGAGUUUGAGCAGCUUCAUCAGUUUUUGCGUGAUGAAGAGGCGGCCAGGAUAACAGCUCUGAAGGAGGAAGAGGAGCAGAAGAGGAAGCUGUUAGAGGAGCAGAUGAUAAGAAUUAACAGUGAACUCUCUUCUCUGGUAGAAAGAAUUCGGAUCACUGAGGAAGAGAUAGAGACCGACAAUAUCUCAUUCCUGCUGAAGUACAAAGGCCCACCUGAAAGCACUCAGUGCACCAGUCCCUGUCCAGAGAAGCUCCCAGAAGUGCUGAUCAAUAUGGCAAAGCACCUGGGAAAUCUGAAGUUCAGCGUGUGGCAGAAAAUGAAGUCUGCUGCUCAAUACAUUCCUGUUGUCCUCGACCCGAACACCGCUCACCCAUGCCUGCAUCUAUCUGACAGUCUGAGUGAUGUGAGGUUUGGUCAGUGGAGUCGACAGGCCUUGGGUUACUCAGACAAACCUGAGGGCUAUACGAGCGUCCUGGGCUCUGAGGGCUUCAGCUCUGGGACUCACUACUGGGAUGUCGAGGUUGGUGACAACACCACCUGGGCCUUAGGAGUGAUUUCAGAGUCUGCCAUCCGGACUCGAGACAAUCUGCCCAGUUCUGGUCUGUGGCGCCUGGGCUUUCACAAUGGCAAAUACGGACAAGGCCUUUCAGGGGAGUUCCUCACGCCGCUCGUCGUGAAUCAGAAGGUCCAGCGUGUCAGAGUCCUGCUGGACUGGGACGGAGGGCGCGUGUCGUUCUUCAAUCCUCUCACCAGCACGCAUCUCCACACCUUCACACACGCUUUUAGCGAGAAAGUGUUUCCGUACUUCUGUAACGUGUGUUCGUCUCAAGCUCUGCGGAUCUUGCCGGCAGAAAUGGCUCCAGCAGGACUGGAGGUACAGAGAUUUUCAGCAUUAACCAGCAAAAUAGAGAAGUAAAAAUCCUGCUCAUUUUCUAUGCAGAAAGAGAAAAUGAAUGGAAAUUUUAAAUAUAAUUUUUUUCCAUUGCAUCACUGUGAAAGGACAUCACUGUGAAAGCUGCUGUGAUAGGCAGAGCUUAUAUACUUUAUAUUCAAAAGAUGUAACUGUGAAAUCUGCUGUGAUAAUUAGUUUCAUUUUUACUUUUACUGACAAGAAGUAAACAUAGUACAUUCACACACACACACAAUCAUAAGACAGCACUCUUUUAUAUUAUAAAUUAUAGAAAUUAUAUUAAUUAUGUGAUGUAGGAUUUUCACGUUAGUUGUCCAGUGCAGUUUCAUAUUGUCUUGUCAUUUUUUGGCUUUUAUCUAUUAUUAUUUUAGAUAUUUAUGCAUAUCUGUGAAGUGUUUAUUUUUGAGUGUGUGUGUGUGGGCUUGCGUGACAAACAACCCUGCUGUAAAUUGCAACAUAUGAUUUAUCCAUGUACUUAUGUCUAAGACAC